AAAUAUUCUUUGAAUAAGGUAAUUCUCUAUUAUUUGGAUUUAGGUUAUUUCUAAUACUUUCCUUAUUUAUUUCACUUUUCUUCCUCAAUGGUUUCUAUCAUCUCUUAGAUAUUCACCAAACACUUAACACUCCUGUAGGAUUCUACCUUGAGAAGACCUUUACUUGUCUUUUAUUUAUUCAAGUUUGUUCUGUUCACUCCUCAGGAUACUUCUUUUUUUUUUUUUUUAGAUUUUAUUUAUUUAUUUGAGAGGUAGAAUUACAGACAGUGAGAGAGAGACAGAGAAAGGUCUUCCGUCCGUUGGUUCACUCCCCAAAUGGCUGCAAUGGCCGGAGCUGUGCCGAUCCAAAGCCAGGAAUCAGGUGCCUCCUCCUGGUCUCCCAUCGGGUGCACGGGCCCAAGCACUUGGGCCAUCCUCCACUGUACUCCCGGGCCACAGCAGAGAGCUGGCCUGGAAGAGGGGCAGUGGGGACUAGAACUGGCAUCCAUAUGGAAUGCUGGCUCCACAGGCAGAGGAUUAACCCACUGUGCUACAGCGCCAGCCCCUGAAACCAUGUUCAUUUUUUAGAUCUUAGCACACACAUCUUCCAGCACCUAGUUUGUCUUUUUAUAUAACUUAUAAUCAGCAUAAUCCUCUACAUAUGUAACUAGUUGUUUAAUGCCUAGCUUCACAACUAGACUGAAAAAUGUACAAUGAUGAGGUCUAUGUUCAUUUUGGAAUGCGAUGCAGUGACUAACAUAUAGGGGUAUUCAGUAAAGUUACUCAAUAGAUGUUGUUAAAUGAACAAAUUAAUGUAUAACGUUUUCAAAGGGAUUUUGUAACUGUGGUUAAUUUUUUUAAUAUUAGAAUUUGAAGCCUUGUGACAUCUACAUUGUUUAAUAUCUCUUGUGCAUUACUUUAUUUAUUGUUGUUCCUUUCAGGUAAUACAAAAUCAAUGAAUAAAACAGAUUAUUCAGCAGUAUUUGAAUUUGUAUUCCUGGGACUUUCUACCUAUAGACCAGUGCAGAAUUUUCUUCUGGCCUUCUCUGUGGUGUUUUAUGUAAUUAUUGUUCUUGGGAACCUCCUUGUUGUGUUUUCUGUGAUGUUCGAUGCUCAUUUACACUCUCCAAUGUACUUCCUUUUGGGAAAUCUUUCAUUCAUUGAUAUGUGCCUUUCUACUGUUACGGUUCCUAAAAUGAUUUCUGACCUUUACUCUGGGAAAAAUAUCAUUUCAUUUCAGGGUUGCAUCCUCCAGAUAUUUGCCCUUCAUGUCCUGGGUGGAUCGGAGAUGGUGCUGCUCUUAGCCAUGGCCUUGGACAGAUAUGUGGCCAUAUGCAAGCCCCUCCAUUACCUGACCAUCAUGAACCCACAGAUGUGCGUUUUGCUUCUGUCUGGUGCUUGGGUUAUUGGUCUCCUUCACUCAUUGGCUCAGUUAGCUUUUGUUGUUCAUUUGCCUUUUUGUGGUCCUAAUGAGAUAGAUAGUUUUUACUGUGAUCUUCCUUGGUUCAUCAAACUUGCCUGCACAGACACUUACAGGAUGGAAUUCAUAGUGACUGCCAACAGUGGGUUUAUUUCCACAGGCACCUUCUUCUUCUUGAUGAUCUCCUACAUCUUCAUCCUGGUCACUGUAUGGAAACGCUCCUCGGGUGGUUUGUCCAAGGCCCUCUCCACCCUUUCAGCUCACAUCACGGUGGUGGUUUUGUUUUUUGGGCCAUGCAUCUUUGUCUAUAUGUGGCCAUUUCCCACAGUAUCAGUGGAUAAAUUUCUUGCCAUUUUGGAUUUCAUGAUUACACCCAUUCUGAAUCCUGCCAUAUACACCUUGAGGAACAAAGACAUGAAGAUGGCAAUGAGGAGACUGGGUAAUCAAGUCCCAGGUUUGAGGAAGAUCUCUUAAGUAAUACAUGAGAGUACAAGUCAUUUAGUAUAUUUUCUACCACACAAAUGACACAAAUACUUUAAUGAAUAUAUGCAGUUUAAGAAUUACAUGACAGAUACUCAAAGUGUUUGAUACAUACACCAUCUUAUGGACCAAGUAUGUCACUUGUAUCCAUAAAAGCUCAGAAAAUCUUGGAUACUUAUGUCCAAAAUCAGUAAUAAUUCGUUUGAUUACUUAUUUAAUUUCCUUUUAUAGAUUAUUUAUGUACUUUAUAGUUUUAAAUAUAAUAGGACAAUUGUGUGUGUGUCUUUGUUUUUAGCAGUCCCCACAUGACCUUAAAAGUUUAUGAAACACAGAGCAGAGCACUGUAUUCACAAGACUAUAACCAAUGUCAAUGGUUUCUUUUAUUUACAGAUUGAAAGACUUCUCACAAGAGCUCUCACUGCAUUUAUUUCUUUUUUAUGUAUAAAAUCUUUUUAUUUAUAUUAUAAUAAAGAAUUCCUUUCUUUGAAAUAAAAUUGCUACAUGUUUGAUGUUGAGCUAGUUAUUUUCAUUUAUGACUUGUUUUGGAAAAUACUUUGAACUACCAUGAAAUAUAUACUUUCUAGUUUUAAACAUUUUUCUGAAUUAACUUUUUUAUACAAUAUUCAGAAUUACUUAUGAAGUUACAUUGAAUUAUGACAACCCUAUUUGUACACUAUUUGGCAAAUGAGGUAUAGUCCAACUAUACAUGUAUAUAAAGGCGAUGAAAAAGCAUAUAUUGCUCAAAGUGUGGCUUCACAUUUUAGAUUACCUGUACUCAAAAUAAUAAUUUACUGGUACUUUACUCAAACUAUAUAUAAACUAUCAUCUUCUCUAAACUGCCCAGAAUAACUGAGUUCUGAUUUCCUUCCCAGUGUACUUCUUUGCUUAAUGCAAAAUGAAAAAAUGCAGUCCAAACUAAAAUAUGGCAUAGAGUAAGUCUAAUGUUAACCAUACCUAGAAAAUUCAUAGCCUAUACUGUAUUAGAGGUAUACAUCUAAUUAGAGGUAGGUAUACAUCUCUAAUUUGUACCUCUAACAAACUCAAAAUGUUAAAAAAAUCUACCAUUUAGUGUACAUAUUUUGGUAAAUAAAUAAAAAUACAUAUCCACGAAUAUAUGAGGGUACU